AAGCUCUUUCUAUUUUCCUUUAAAAUUUUGAAGGAAAAGAAUGUUCACUAAGGGCUAUAUAAAUUUCGGAGUAUAACCAAAUGAUUGUUAAUUUUGUCAGUUUCAGGUGAUCUCUGAAGAUGAGAGGCCCCUCUCUGAGUCCUAAAGAGCCCCGCCACCGCGUUGCUUCUUCCCCUGCUGAAGAAACAAGCAGAAGAGAGUUCCAAAGAAACAAGGUUUUUAGAGAUGUUGAGAAGGCUUUUCAUGUACCUAUUCGGUACGGGAACUGGAAUUGCAAGAUAACUACUUUGAAAGUCGUGCUGGUCAUACUUUUGGUGGGAUCUCUCAUCACUCUCCUUCGCUCCCCUGCAGUUCACAUUUCAGAUCGUCCAUCCAAUCUUGUAUCUCGGCCUGGUUUUGUAGACGGAUUGAUAAGAGACAGUGCUGCCGCUGAUCCACGUUAUAUAUCAACUUUGGAUGUGAACUGGGAUCAAAUCUCGAAUGUUAUUGAGAAACUGACUGACAGGGACGAAUAUCAGGGAAUUGGCUUAUUGAACUUCAAUAAUACUGAAGCUGAUCAAUGGAAGCAGCUCUUACCAGAUGCCGAACAUGUUGUUCUGCAAUUGGACCCCGUGGCAGACAACGUAACUUGGGAAUCCCUAUAUCCUGAAUGGAUAGAUGAAGAAGAAGAAUUUGAGGUUCCUAAAUGUCCUUCUCUACCCAGUCUUCAGUUUCCUGGAAAACCACGAAUCGAUCUUAUUGCUGUCAAGCUUCCUUGCAACAAGGCAGGGAAGUGGUCAAGAGACAUUGCACGUCUACACUUUCAGCUAGCGGCUGCGAGGCUUGCUGCUUCCGCUAAGGGGUUACACCCAGUGCAUGUGCUUUUGUUGACCGACUGCUUCCCACUUCCCAAUCUUCUUACCUGCAAGGACCUUGUCGCACAUGAAGGGGAUGCUUGGUUGUAUACACCCAACCUACAUAGGUUAAGAGAAAAGGUUCGACUGCCAGUUGGAUCAUGUGAACUUUCGGUUCCUCUCGAGGCUAAAGAAUCUUUCCAUUCAGAGAGAGCACACCGCGAAGCAUAUGCAACGAUCCUACACUCUGCUCAUGUAUAUGUGUGUGGGGCCAUUACAGCUGCUCAAAGUAUCCGCAUGUCAGGUUCAACUAGGGACCUUGUGAUACUAGUCGAUGAUUCAAUCAGUGAUUAUCAUAGAGGUGGCCUGGAGGCUGCUGGGUGGAAAAUUUAUACAAUCCAAAGAAUCAGGAAUCCAAAAGCUGAACCAGAAGCAUAUAACGAAUGGAAUUACAGCAAGUUCCGUCUUUGGCAGUUGACAGAUUAUGACAAGAUUAUUUUCAUCGAUGCUGACCUUCUUAUACUUAGGAAUAUUGAUUUCUUAUUCGAGAUGCCAGAAAUUUCUGCAAUAGGAAAUAAUGCGACGCUCUUUAACUCCGGUGUGAUGAUUGUUGAGCCAUCAAAUUGCACAUUCCAGCUACUAAUGGAUCACAUCAAUGAGAUUGAAUCCUACAAUGGUGGUGACCAGGGAUAUCUGAAUGAAAUCUUUACUUGGUGGCAUCGGAUUCCAAAACACAUGAACUUCCUGAAGCACUUUUGGGAAGGUGAUGAGGAGGAGAAGAAACAGAUGAAGACUCGCCUCUUUGGAACCAAUCCUCCAAUCCUUUAUGUCAUCCAUUAUCUGGGAAAUAAACCAUGGCUAUGCUUCCGGGACUACGAUUGCAACUGGAAUGUUGAUAUUCUGCAGGAGUUUGCUAGUGAUGUUGCUCACAAGACAUGGUGGAAGGUACACGAUGCGAUGCCACAAAACUUACACAAGUACUGUCUCCUUCGGUCGAAGCAGAAGGCACAGCUGGAGUGGGAUCGGAGGCAGGCCGAGAAAGGUAAUUACACUGACGGUCAUUGGAAAAUUAAGAUAAAAGACGAGCGUUUAAAGACAUGUUUUGAAGAAUUCUGCUUCUGGGAAAGUAUGUUGUGGCAUUGGGGUGAUAAAAAUUGGACAGAUAAUUCAAUCGCUACACCAUCACCCCCUGCCAUCAAGAAGGUUUCUCUCUCUUAACCAAGAUUUUCCAACAUUUUUCCUGUGCAUAUCAUAUAAUCAGCAGUUUAAAAAGUGUUAAAGAAAAUUAUUGAGUUCCAUCCAAUGGUUAUUUGGAUA